AUGGCGAAACUAUCGCUGUCUGAGCUUCUGCGACAACUCGUGGAAUUGUCUUCCGUCGACAGCUCGUACGACAAGGACACUCUCAACCUUUCGAUUGAUCUCACAAGCAUACCAAUUUCGGACCGCCAGCAGCUGCGAUUCCAAGUUCAGUCACAGUCGAUGUCUCUAGUUAUACCGAGGAAACGAAUAUUAUCCGAAACCCACGACACUGAGGAAGGACAAAAGUCUCGUGGAUAUAUAAACCCGUCGAUAUCAGAAAGACGGAGUGAGAUAAGCAUUCCCAUGCGAAUCGAAGAUACAGUAUUAGACCUGUACGACAGUCCGAAUCUCGGCGGAACGCAGCGUUUAGUUAUCGUCGAGUUGGAUCCUCGGACGCCCGAACUGCCUACUACGGGCCUGCCCACGGAUGACGUUCUUGUGAAUCUCUGGAAACAGCUAUCUAACAAAGCAUUGAAUAAGCUAUAUCCCGAAGUAUGGACGCCCAAUGGGCACUGGAAAGCCGGCUGGGCGCAUCUGAAGACGUCGAAAAAGCCCACGAACGAUCGAACGAUACCAAACAAAGUCGGUUUGACAUGGUGUAUGCUAUACGGAAAGAUUCUCCAAUGCAACCCCGUCGACAUUCCGCCUCAAUGGAAUCGAAUCGUGAUUUCCGUUGUGCGUUCCUCGGGAGUGAGUCCGACUUAUGGUCGCGAGGGAAUGAUACAGCGAGGGAAAGCGGCCGCCAAUGCCUGGAUCCGGCUGUCUCCAGACGACACAGCGCUGACGAUUGUUCACACAAGAGUCAAAACAUCAAGCUGUGUGGAUUUAAGCAGUAAAGAAGCUUAUUUACAAGAAAUUUUGCGGUUACUAGAGGCCGCGAACCGUCGACCCGGCACUCGAGUUAAGAUCUUGUCUAUUGGAAUCGACGGCUUGACGACGCACCCGGAAAGCAUAUCGUACCUAAACGAAAAGUAUCCGAAUAUCGCUAGCAGGCUUAUCUGCGUGGUUCCGCGGGCGUUCCCCGAAUCCAUGUCUGAUUAUCCCGUCUUAGCGAAUGGUAUUAGAUAUGGAGUUUUCGACCUGGGCGCAAUCGCAAGUGCCACGACUCACUACGACAGCUCUCCGAACCUUAAGAAGAAGCGCUUGGUCGAUCUGUGGAGGCUAAUCAGCGGUGGAAAGUCGGGGGACUUAGCUGGGGUUGUUUAUACUGACUGGACUGGCGAUCGAAAUGGCUUUAGAGUUAAUCCUGAUACUGUGACGGGGACUGGAAUCGAUGAAGAACUUCCCUUGAUGAGCCGCGAGCUGCGGUGA